CACCAGUGGCGAAAGAUGACAGUCAUUGGUGAUGACGGCUCAGAAAGGAAGAAAACACAGAAAAGGAAAGAACUUUUCUGAUCAUUUUCCUCGCAAAAUUCUCCUUUUUAUAUUUCUCCUUCUUUCUUCUACUUGCAGAACAAGAAAACCAAGUUAGUGUUUUUCUGUUUUGGCUUCGAUCCCAUGCUCUCUCUCCCACCGUAGCGGCGGGGGUUUCCACCGUCAAAUGUCUCUACUCCAAUCUCCCACCGUUAAUUGCCCCUCCCAACGCUCCUCCACAACCGUCACGGCCGUAGUCAACGGGCACGAUCACCGUGUGCCAUCCAAGCGCAAAUUGGACGACUACGCACCGAGUUUCGACGACGACGAUGACUUGCAUUUCUCGGACGUAGUCUCUGUCAGGAUGCGGAAAGACGAUUCCCUCGCCGUGGAUUCUUCUUUCACCGGCAAGAAUCAAUCAUCGUCGUCCUCUUCUUCAAGCCACUUCGAUACUCGCGUUUCCGACUCGAAAUCAGCUCACUGCUCAUGCUCCUCUCCUCCUGCCAUCUGUCGGUCGGCGUCCAGGCUUCAAUUUUUCAUAAGAAUGAUUUCUGAUGGCAACCACAUUGUUAUACAUGCCAAUUCGGAUGAUACGGUGAAAUCGCUUCACGAGCGGAUUCAGGCAAUCACGGGAAUUCCGGUUAUCGAGCAGAGGCUAAUUUAUAGGGGGAAACAACUCCAGUGGGAGCAGUCACUGGCGGAGUGUUCAAUUCAGAACGACGCCGGGCUUCAUCUGGUGGGGCGGAUGCGAAGUACCAAGCAUCCGCAGACUUGUCAGGUAAUAGAUGACAUUGUAUCCUUUAUUUCUCGGCUUUGUAAAACAGAAUUGCCUUGCCAUCUUUACGCAUCAAAACAUAUCAAAAGUUUGAUGAAUGAAUUCUUCAGUCUAACGACCAAAGAUGAUAACGAGACAGCAAUUGGGCAUCUUCAGAUUUUUAUGUCAUCUUCUGCCCCUGCUGCUUUGGCAAUGCUGUAUGUUUCAACCAUUAAAGGUAAUAAGGAGUGUGCCGAGAGUUCAAUUAGGCAUUUUUUGAAUUCAUGUCGGAUUUCAUUGCCAAAGCCUUUGCAUACACAGUGUGCACCUAUAGUAUUAGAGUUUUGUAAGUUGCUUAGGGCGGUGGCUCAUGAUGACCCAUUGUAUCUCUCUUGCCGAAGUACCCUUGGGUCAUUGUUGGAGACUAUGGGAAUAUCACGUGGUUUGUCCAAGUAUAGUGGUGGGGAGGAUGUAAACGGAUUGAUUGUGAUUCAGGAUAUUUUCCCGUUCAUUAAUGAGUUAGCUAAUAGGUUGUCUAGAGAUUUGGUUUCAAGCAUGGAGUCUACUACUGCCAACGGGCCAGGUUCAAGCGAUGUUAGGGACUUCUCGGCUUUCUUGCUCCCUUUGUAUGCUACGAUCACAGAGCAUGUGGGUUUUCAGGGUCCCAUUUCUGUGCCUUUAGACAAGAGGGGUUUUAGUCAUCCAUUAUAUGUGGAGGAAAUUGAGCAACUUCAUGUUAUAUUUAGUGACUUGCUGAUAAAAAUGGAUAACUGCCUUGCCAAAAUGGAGGAUUUCUUGCCUUUAAAACCAAGUGGAGAAGGCGAGUCUUCUCGCACAGCAUGGUCUCAUUAUCUUGCCAUUUUGAAGGAACUAAAUAACAUUGCCAAGCUUUAUGAAAACGCUGAAGAACACUUUUGGGCAGUCUUGAGGCUUAGGAAGGCUUCCCUAUGUGUUCUAAUUGUUAAAUAUGCUAAGCGAAUUGAUGAUCAUCAGUGGCUUCUUCAGCAUAAAGAUGUGACUGAUUUUGAGUCCAGAAGGCAUUUGGCCAUGAUGAUGUUCCCUGAGGUUAAAGAAGAUUAUGAGGAGCUGCAUGAGAUGCUCAUUGAUCGAUCACAACUGUUGGCGGAGUCAUUCGAGUACAUAGCUCGAGCAGAUCCUGAGGCACUGCAUGGUGGUCUAUUCAUGGAAUUUAAAAAUGAGGAAGCUACUGGUCCUGGUGUCUUGCGGGAGUGGUUUUUCUUGGUCAUCCAAGCAUUAUUCGAUCAACAAAAAGCGCUUUUUGUUGCAUGUCCAAAUGAUCGGAGAAGAUUUUUUCCUAAUCCUGCAUCUAAGGUGGAUCCCAUGCACCUCGAUUAUUUUACGUUCACCGGUCGAGUUGUUGCAUUAGCUUUGAUGCAUAAAGUGCAAGUUGGCAUUGUCUUUGAUCGUGUGUUUUUCUUGCAAUUGGCUGGAAGGCAUAUUUCUUUGGAGGACAUACGAGAUGCAGAUCCAUGCUUAUAUAGUAGCUGCAAGAAGAUUCUUGAAAUGGAUGCUGAUUUUAUUGAUUCAGAUGCUUUAGGAUUAACAUUUGUCAGAGAAGUUGAGCAGUUGGGUUCAAGGAAAAUCGUGGAUCUUUGCCCUGAUGGGAAAAGCAUUUCUGUAACUAGCAAGAACAGAGAGGAAUAUGUUAAUCUUCUCAUUCGACAUCGCUUUGUGACAUCAACGUCUGACCAAGUGUCUCGUUUUGCUCGAGGUUUUGCUGAUAUUCUUUGUAACUCAGGACUCCAACCAGUCUUUUUCCAAAGUUUAGAGCUUGAAGAUCUUGAUUGGAUGCUAUAUGGAAGUGAAAGUGGUGUCUGUAUAGAAGAUUGGAAAGCACACACCGAGUACAAUGGCUACAAAGAAACGGAUCCUCAGAUAUCCUGGUUUUGGAAGAUUGUUGCAGAAAUGUCAGCAGAGCAGAGAAAGUUUCUUCUCUUCUUUUGGACUUCAGUGAAGUAUCUACCAGUUGAAGGUUUCCGUGGUUUGGCUUCAAGACUUUAUAUUUACAAGUCAUCAGAGCCAUGCGAUCGCCUGCCUUCAUCUCACACAUGCUUUUAUCGGCUGUGUUUCCCACCUUAUUCCUGCAUGAGUGUCAUGAAAGAUCGACUAAAUGUCAUCACUCAAGAACAUGUGGGUUGCAGCUUUGGCACAUGGUGAAUUACGUAGAUGCUUUGGCAGAAAAAGGGUUUAAAAUUGCACAUAGAAAGAGAUUUGUACUCAACUUGUACAGAUAGGAUGAUAUCAUUAGUUUUCAUUAGACCAUGUAAGGAGGUGUUUUAGUUAUUUAUAUGGAUCCUUUAAAAGGUUGUGAUGUCAUUGCUCUUUUUUGCCAACUGUUUAUAUAGGCUAGCUUAGAUGAUAUCGGAAUGGAAUUUCUCUUGGUUGUCUAGCAACAGCAGCUGCUUUUCAUGACCUGUAAGUACGCAGAUUAUGCAAUGACGUCCAAAUCAAUAGAAAGUUUAGAAUCUCUCUCUCUCUCUCUUCUGCCUCGGACAUUUCUUUUUUUCUUUUCAAUUGCAUAACCUUUUUUUUUCUGCCAAAUAAUCAAGUGAGAAAACUAUUUUUCUUAUUUGAGCAAAAUAACCUUUUUUGAUAUCUUGUUUAUUGUCCUACCUCUACUUUCGCCAAGGAUACGACCAUCUUAACAGCGCAACAGCGACUCCCAGCUCAAUGCAUGAAACUGCGGACUUGAUUCAAGUUAUAGUAUAAAGAAAGGCUGAUUCUACAGUACGGGAGUUCUGGUGUCAAGAGCUUUGAUAUAUUUCACUUUUUAUCUCGAAUCAUUAAUAAUGUUAACUUCGAUUCAGAUUCUUCUUUCGAAUUGCUAAUCCAAACUCUGCAGCUUUGAAUGAUUGAUUUGAUGUUCUGUGGUUGGACAUGCUAAUCUUGGGGCUCAAGAAGCAAUGCGGGUCCCAAUGAAUUCCAAUUUGCAGCCUCGGUACACUCUUUAAUUUCUUGAUCUGACCUUUUUUUUUCGUUUUUGUUCCAGCAAUUCCUCGAGCUCUGUUCCCGUCUUUCAGCCACGAACCAGCAAGUCUCAUAAAGAUUUCUCCACUAUUUUUCUUCUUUUUUUAUUUAAAAGAAAAAAAGGUUAAGAGUGGGAUUUUGAUCUUACUAAAAAUCUUACUGAUUCAUAGCUCAGGAGCAAAAAUGGCUUCAAUCAUUGAUCAUACUAAAAAGUAGUUGAUGGCAAUAUAGAAUGAACCUUCUGAAUUUUUUCUUUUAUUUAUAUUAUUUUAAUGAAAUAAUAACAGACUAUAUAAACAUGACAUAGACGACCUAGUUGAAAACACACAUCCAUUGGCAAUAAAAAAAUAAAAGAAAAGAAAAA